AAGAAGAAAAAGGAGGUCCCUGACCGAGGCUCUUGGAAAGGGAAAUUUGACUUUCUGCUCUCCUGCGUAGGAUAUGCCAUCGGCUUGGGAAAUGUUUGGCGCUUCCCUUAUCUCUGUGGCAAGAAUGGAGGAGGUGCCUUCCUGAUUCCUUAUUUUCUGACCUUGGUGUUUGCUGGGAUUCCACUUUUCCUGCUGGAGACUGCGCUUGGACAAUAUACCUCUGUCGGUGGACUUGGAGUCUGGAAAUUAGCACCCAUGUUCAAAGGAGUGGGCCUGGCUGCAGUACUUCUCUCCUUCUGGCUCAAUAUCUAUUACAUUGUCAUUAUUGCCUGGGCACUGUAUUAUCUCUUCAACUCUUUCACUGCGGACCUGCCAUGGCAGAACUGUGGAAAUAGCUGGAACACGGACAGAUGUUUUUCCAACUACUCCAUGAACGACACCACCAACCUGACCAGCGCUGUGACCGAGUUCUGGGAGAGAAAUAUGCAUCAACUCUCCGGAGGCCUGGGGGAGCCGGGUAAUAUCCGCUGGCCUUUGGCCGGCACACUCGCAUUAGCCUGGGUUCUGGUCUAUUUCUCCAUCUGGAAAGGUGUCGAGUGGACUGGAAAGGUUGUGUACUUCUCCGCUACCUACCCUUACUUCAUGUUAUUUAUUCUCUUCUUUCGUGGAGUCACCUUGCCAGGAGCCAAGGAGGGAAUCCUCUUUUACAUUACACCAGAUUUCAGCAAACUCUCCCAGUCUGAGGUCUGGAUGGAUGCAGCCACACAGAUCUUUUUCUCCUAUGGCCUAGGCCUGGGGUCUUUGAUUGCUUUAGGAAGCUAUAACAAUUUUCACAAUAAUGUCUACAGAGACUCCAUCAUCGUUUGUGCCAUAAAUUCCACCACCAGCAUUUUUGCAGGAUUUGUUAUUUUCUCCAUCGUUGGCUUCAUGGCUCACAUCACCAAGAAGUCAAUAGCCGAGUUGGCAUCCUCAGGUCCAGGACUGGCCUUCCUUGCCUACCCUCAGGUCGUCACUGAGUUGCCCAUGUCCCCUCUCUGGUCAAUUCUCUUCUUUUCAAUGUUAAUGAUGCUUGGACUUGACAGCCAGUUCUGCACUGUGGAAGGCUUCAUCACAGCUCUGAUGGAUGAGUACCCGCACGUGCUGAGAGCGAGGAAGAAAAUAUUCAUCGCCGUGGUGUGUUUCAUUUCCUACCUCAUCGGAUUCUCCAACAUCACCCAGGGUGGCAUCUAUGUUUUCAAACUGUUUGAUUAUUACUCAGCCAGCGGCAUGUGUCUCCUCUUCCUUGUCUUCUUCGAGACUGUCUCCAUCUCCUGGUGUUAUGGUGUGAACAGAUUUUACAGUAACAUCGAAGAAAUGAUUGGUUAUCAGCCAUGCGGGUGGUGGAAGAUAUGCUGGGGCUUCUUCACUCCACUUGUCUGCUUGGGGGUUUUCUUCUUCAGUGUGAUUGAAAUGACUCCCCUGAGUCUGGGGAAAUACGUUUAUCCAGCUUGGGGUCAAGGCAUUGGCUGGUCCAUGGCCCUGUCUUCUAUGAUGUUGAUCCCGGGAUAUAUGCUGUACUUUUUCUGCACUGCAAAGGGAACGGUCCGACAGCGUUUUCAACUGAUGAUCCAGCCGACGCAAGAUGUGAUCAUGAAUGCUCAGCGUAAUGGACUGCAACCGAAGGCUUCACUAAAUGGGAGCACCUCGGAGGCUGCUGUCUAG